AUGGCCAUCAAACCAGCUUCAUCGACCUGCGUUCAGCUACUUGACUUCGACGUCGUGCUCGACCACGACCAAACGCUCUUCCAGCCCACCUUGGUCGAGAAUAGCGUUCUUCCGCUGCUCCAGUCCCUCGGCUUCAGCGGCGGCGCGACAACGGUCGUCGACGCAUUGCAGCAUCUUCUUUCACCGGACGAGGACACCGACGCGCAUGUGGACGUCAUCGGCUGCUUCGGGUUGCAAGCCGCCGUUCGAACCGAACUCCUAAAACUUGGGGUUUGGUCCGAUGACGUGGUGGCCACUGCAACUGCUGACGGUGUGUACGCGAUUCAUGAUCGCGGCACGGGUCAUAUCGUUCUUUUUUCUUGGCUCCCGGUCACGGCCUACGAGCCGCCAAACCUUACGGAGCGCACCACCUUUGCGCUGCGGUUCCUCACGUCACUUACGUCGAAAAUUAUCUACUGCCUCGGCGAUAGCGAGUGGCGCCACAUCCAAAACGCAGCAGACGUCGUGUCCUCUGAGUCUGACGACUCGAUGCUCAUGUCGGACCUUCAAGUGCACGAAACGACGGUUGUGGACGCCGUGACCGAAUGCAAGCCACUCGAGUCGACGACGGCACUGACCAGCGACGACAAGAGCCGCGGCUUCGGGUCUUUGCUACCAUUGCACGACAACAACUCGUCGUUCGUCACGAUGACGACGUCGGAAGCGCAUUACCUUGACACGAACUACAAGACGCAGAAUUUUGAGCGGUCGAACAAGUUUGCAGCGUGGUUCUGGACACAGCAAGUGACGCAGCGCCUCCACGCGCCGUCGCUGCCCUUGGAGCUCAUGAAGGCCGUACUUAAAGAACGGCAUGCGUACCCGUCGCAGGAACUGACCGAACAGUCUCUCAAGUUGCAGGAGCACCAACGAUGCAUGGCAGUAGCCCAAACGGCGCUCGACCGCGUUCACAACAAGCUGCUGGCGCUGGCUCCGACGCUUUUUUGCGUUGCACCGGGUGCGACAAUUGCAUCCGAGACCGAUGCAAUGAAGGCGAUGGACAGAAUUCUCCGCGAGCUCGAGCCGGACGUUGCCAAGCGGUUGGACUUUCGUCCCGCGGUCGCUGUCUUGAUGGACGGCGAGUACCAAGAGUUUCUGCGCCGCUCCAACCCCGUCGCCCGCAGCGGUCGGCCGCUGCAGCGACCGUACUUGGCGCAAAGCGCAUUCAUGUCACGGACGUCUGCGUCACCUCACCGCCAGCGUCUUGAUGCCGAGUUGGCCAAGUGGAAGAACAUGCUCGCUCACGAGCUUGGGGAAAGCUACGUCGGCUACACGGUCCAACGUCAGCUCCAAGCAACGGACUGGAGCGCACGACUCCAGACAGCGCGCACCAAGCUUGUCCGUACGUUGUUUCGCGACGUCCUCGCCAAGCACAACGCGUACCAUGACGAGGCAGCACCCCAACUCGCUGUCGGCACUGUUACCGCACGAAGCAAGACGUAUGGGGUGUCGUUCGCCCGCUACACGCUCGCGGAUGGUGAAAAGCGUGCGACGCUUCUGCACUUGACGCGCUACCCGGACGCGACUGCCUUUCGCAUUCAGCUCCCACUGGGCGCCGACGUGGUCGUUUGCGCGAUAGAACAAUCGAAUGCGCUCGUCGUCUACCGACACCCCCAGGGCGGCGUGGCUCUCGAAACGCACCGCCUUCAGCAAGAUGCGCUCGCUCGCCUCAUCAAGACCGAGACGUCGCAACGAACGGUGCUUCGGGGGGACUAUGACCCGUCGACGCGUAGGCUGGCGCUGCUGCACUCUGACACGAAUCUCGUCAUGUACCAGCUCAACGCAACAUGGGAGCGCAUGAAAGUGCUCAAGGACUACAACCUCGCAAGCUUCAAUCCCACGAACGUCCAGCACCUCCUCUUGUGUGGGACGACCGAUGCACCGCGCAUACUGGUGGUAGAAAACGACAAGCACGACAGCAGCGCGCGCACGUAUUCACUUACGACCCGAGCGAUCUCAAACGACAUCAACUUGAGCGGGAAGCGCGUGCUCAAGUGGAAUCCAAACGUCGUGCUGGUGCUCUCGAAAGAUAGCGCAUCGAACGCGGUGCGCGUCGAACCGUUGAUGACGUCGUCCGGCAUGGAGUUUGGGGCUGCGACGGUGGUGGCACUGGACGAUGACUGGGAUUGGAACACGACGACUGCGAUGGCGUACUACGGCACGUCGACGCUCGUGUUUUUGAACCAAGUGUCGAUGGAGACGCGAGCGUUCAAGGUGUCACUGCAAUUCGACGAAACCGAAUGGAUGUACAGCCCUGAAGUCGAGACGGACCUCGACCGCACCCAGAACCAGCACGCGCUCACACCGCUCUUCCACGUGCUCGAAAAAUUCCCCGUGUCACCAACGAUUUACGCCGACGGAGAAAAAGCACAAUCUCUGCUACCCAAUAGCUUUUGCAUUCACGUGGCGACGAAGGACAUACACCAAGAAACACAGCUAAAGACGCUACUCGACCAUACGAUGACGCAGCUGCAAGACCUUGCGAAGGAGCUACGCACAUUGCAGCUGGCCAAAGACUGCACCACGUAUCCGCGUGAUGACCCUAAAGCUGUCCAGCGCAUUCCUCGCGCCCGCGUGCCGCUCGUGCGCUGGUUUUUGGAGCUGCUCGCGAUGGUGCCAAUUCAAGUCGCCCGCGCCAUCAACAACCGACUGGAGCCACUGCGCCACGGCAAGCGCAUGGAGUUUCCGGCCGCAUCGACGGUCGAGAUUGCGCAGCACAUGCAUUUCGGCCUCAUUUCGACAGUUCUUCGCCAUUGGCCCGGCAAGGUGUCCGUCAUCUCAGUCAUGGGCAAACAGUCGACGGGCAAGAGCUACUUUCUUAACCAUUUUUCGGGGUCGUCGUUCGCCGUAUCGGGGGCUCGCUGCACGGACGGUGCGUGGCUAACGUACCGUGUCCUCGGUGACGAGCUGCUUGUUGUGAUGGACUUCGAGGGUCUCGGGUCUUUCGAGCGCACGAUGCAAGAGGACGUCCUUCUCUCUAUCUUGAACGCGGCCGUCUCGCGCUGCACAGUCUUCCGUCUCGAAACGCGUUUCGAUCGCGACCUCGAUAACAUGCUAACCAGCAUACAGCAAGGUGCGUCGCUCAUUAAGGAUUACGACCCCGCCUUCAAAGGUGCGCUUCUCCUCAACGUUCGUGACGUCAACCCGCCGGACAUGCAGACCGUCAAGGCCGAGCUCGGGAGAAAACUUGCAAGCGUUCGAAACGCUGGCAACGACUUUGCUGCCACCAUGUACGUCGGUGACCCAAAGAGCGUCCUGAGCCCCGGCAAUACGAACCGCAAGUACUACAGCGCGCUCACGCAGAUGUACAAGUUCAUGAUGCACGGUGCAUUGCGCUACGAGUCAGGACGCGACUACCACGAUUGUCUCACGCUUCUGCUCGCAAAGAUCAAAACGCUGGACUGGACGUCGAUGAAGAGCGUCGUGAAAGACCAAAAGGCGCGCCAGUGGCACAACAAGGUGACAGCUGCCUUGGCCAAUGGCAAGGUGCCGAAUACUGGCGGACGGCUUGGCGACUUAGCGCCCUUAGAACAGACCCCAGAGCGGCUCCGCGAGGUCUACUGCACUGAGGAAGGCGUGACGAUCGACAUGGACCCGAAGCAGGUCUUGGCACUCGACGAGAUUGUGUUUCCAUUGACCGGCAAGGAGCCGCUACGUGCCAUGCAGUUGUGCCUGGACGUUCAGCGCAAGAGCUUUCUCGGUGACAAGCAACGAACCAAGGAGCUCGAUGCGAAAUUCAUCACCUACUGGCAGUUUGCUGUCUGGCUGCGGGAACAUCGCGUUUUCUGCUGGUACCAAAAGCUUUCGAUCAACAACCGCCCGGAGCUCGAGGGCUUCGAGAGCUCGAAGUGCGACUUCCAGAAUCUCGCAGCGCCGUGCAAAGCCAACUGCAGCGAGUGUCACCUUCUAUGCGUGCAGAUGAGUCAGCAUGCAACGAAGCCCAACGCGAGCGCAACACACAGUUGCGGCACGGACCACAAGUGUCCGCAAUUUUGCGCGCACUGCCCCGCGUUGAACGACGCACGGUCUGCACCGUGUGCGCUGAUGGCUGGCCACGAAGGACAUUGCAACUGCGCGACGGCUGGUCACACGUGCCAAAAGAUAUGCGGUUUGCAGGGCAGUCGCAAGUGCGACGUCAAGUGCCAACUGCCUGUGGACCAUGCAGGGAGCCACCGGUGCGCGGUGAAGGCGCACUUGUGUCCCCACCGCUGCGAAGCGCCUAGCUGCACUGCAUUUUGCAGUCUUGGUUUCGACGAAAACCACGACCGACACGAGUGCGGUGCAACGUUCUGCUGCCAGCCAUGCGACAUGCCAAACUGCUUCAAGGGCGGCAUUUGCAUCGGGCAGAGCCAUUUUCACGAGGCCGAGCAUCAUCAGUGCGGAAACAGCCACGUCUGCGGCCACGAAUGCGAGGUGCCGGGGUUUUGCUACCACCGGUCCGAGCCACAGCGCGGCACUUUCGUCGGGAAAGAGAGCCAAUUCGAGUACGACGUUCGACACGUGGUCGGCGAGCGCAACGCGUGCAAUGUUGUAUUGGAGCCUGGCGUGCGCAACCACGGCGGUGGGCACAAGUGCACUGCCGAGUUGCACUCGUGUCAAGAAAAGUGCCCGAGCUGCAACUACAUCUGUGAACUUCCGAUGGGGCACGCUAAUCGACACAAGACGACGCAUGGUAACAUGGUGCAAGCCGCGUUUGCGUCGUUAGCCAGCGGCCGCUUGAAGAUUAGCGAUCGCACGUACUGCGUCGGAGACUCGUGCGCGCCCGAGAUGUGCCCGCUGCUCUGCAAGGAGCUUGGGCGAGGCCACGGACAUUUGCUUCGGUGCCAAUACAAGUCCAAGGAAGAGUGCGAAGCCAACCCGACGGCUGGGCGCACCCAUUCGACGCACACCAACGCGCAAGGUCAUGCAAUGGACUCGUACCUCCACGCAGCGUACUUGGCCGAAAUCGGCUGGGAGGACGCUGUCGAAGACCGCGCCGACCGCAAUGCCUUUGAGCUGUGUCCGCAUCAAUGCCCUGCCCCGAGCCAUAGUGAUGCGCCCGCGUACUGCAUUCUGGGAGCCGGCCACACACCGGUGACAGGCCGCAACACGGCCGGUGGUCAUGAAUUCAACUGCGGGCACGUCGUCACGGGCUCCUCACAGCACGUCCUGUUCGUGCUCAGUUCGUCCAGCGCAUCGGAAGCAUCGUGGGUCGCCCUCUUGGCCAGUGUCCGCGCCUGCAUCAAGAAGCUUUCGCCCAACGACGUCAUCUCAAUUGCUACGUUUGCCUAUCGUGGUGGUGUCGAGUACGAGUGCCAACCAGUCGAAGCCAUGAAGGGCGUCAACUUUUCUCGCUGUGGCAGCAUAUUCAACUACUACUCGAGCGGGAUGAAGGAGGCCAGCGCCAUCUUUUCCCGCAACGUACUCAACCAGACGAGCCGCGCCCCUGUGAUCAUUUUCUUCACGGCAGAUGCGCCGAGGAACAAGGACGACGGCGCUGCCCUUGGCGCGGCGCUGUGGGCCGAUUACGAACGUCUCGGUCUCCGGUCAUUUUGUCUUGGGUUCGGCGAAGGUUGCCGCGCGCCCGUAACGCAACUCGCCAAUGCGUUGCACGGCAACCCUUGGAUUAUUGCCACGACGGAUGCGCUCGCGAUGGCCAUGGAUGAUAUUGCCGACCACAUUCGCUCCUCGUAA